AAUAAUAAUAAUAGAAUAUAAUGCUAGCUUUGCUCGCCCUCCAGCGGCCUGUGAUCCCCCGGCUGCUGUCUUGCCGUGCUAUGGCCGUGUCCCUGCAGGUCUCCCCGGGCCGCUGUGUGUACGAUGAGCCGCUGGCGGUCAGGGCUGAGGGCCUGGAGCCGGGCCAGGCGGUCACCCUGCACACCCAGCUCACCGAUGAGGGCGGCGAGACGUUCAGCUCCCGGGGCCGGUACCGGGCUGGCAGCCGCGGGGAGCUGGACCUCACACAGUCCCCGGCCUUGGAGGGAGGCAGCUACACCGGCCUGGAGCCCGAGGGGCCCCUGUGGGCGCUGGAGCCCCGCACCCAACGCAGGAGGUUCCUGAGGAAGGACGUGCAGAGCCCGCAACGUGUGCACUUCACCCUCUACCAGGACCACGAGCCCCUGGGCAAGCUGCUGGCCACCGCCACCCAGGACAGGACCUUCAUGGGGGAAGGAGUGAGCAGGCACCCCGUGAGGGAGGGCAGGGUGAGGGGCAGCCUCUUCUUACCACCAGGAGUUGGACCGUUCCCGGGCAUUAUUGAAAUUCAAGGGACAGGCGGAGGUCUUCUUGAAUACAAGGCUAGCCUCCUGGCCAACAAAGGUUUUGCAACCCUUGCCCUGGCGUACUAUAACUACGAAGAUCUUCCAAAAGAAAUGAAUGUGUUUAAUUUGGAGUACUUUGAAGAAGCUGUAAACUACAUGCUGCAACACCCCAAGGUAAAAGGUCCAGGGAUCGGUCUUAUGGGCCAUUCCAAAGGUGGAGACUUGGUUGCUUCAAUGACUUCCUUUCUGAAGGGUAUAACCGCAGCCGUUCUUGUUAAUGGCUCCAUUGUCAAUGUCGGUGCAGCCCUUAAAUACAAGGAUGUUAUAUUACCUCCAGUUGCCAUCGAUGUCAAGAAAGUGAUAUAUCCUGAGAAAGGGGUGGCUGAUAUCACCAAUAUAUUGGCCAACCCGCUAGAAGAAGUUAACCGUAAAAGCCUUAUUCCUAUUUGGAAGGCCGACUGUAAGUUUCUGUUUGUUGUCGGGCAAGAUGAUCGAAAUUGGAGAAGUGAAUUCUAUGCCCAAACAGCAAGCAAACUGCUUGUAGAAGCAGGGAAGGAGAAACCAGAAAUUGUACUGUAUCCCGAAACUGGUCAUUACAUCGAAGCACCAAAUUUCCCUCUCUGCAAAAUCUCCAUGCACAAGCUUGUUGGUCUGCCAGUGGUAUGGGGUGGGCAAACCAGACAGCAUGCUAUGGCUCAGGUGGAUUCUUGGAAGAAAAUCCAGAUCUUCUUCAACAAACAUCUUAACCAGAAAAAUGUUGCAGGGUGCAAAUUAUAACACUUGAUUCUAGA